AUGAUCUGGAGCGGUACUGGCGGUGGCGGUAGUACCACCGCCAGCAGCAAUAUCAUGAGCAGCUUCAAGUCUUGCCAUGAGGAUCAAGAGUCCUCCCCCAACCUGCCCUCCUUGUCGUCUCCAUCGGUGCUCUUCUCCCAGCAGUUUCUGCACGCCGGUACCUCUUCAGGCCAGCUAGGUCAUAUGAACGGUGGCGCAGCUGGUUCUCUUCCAAAUCUGCAUGACGGCGGCAGCGGUCAAGAGAACCACAUGCCGGAAUCAUGGAGCCAGAUGCUUCUAGGGGGGUUAGUUGGAGGAGACCAUGAGCGAUACAGCGCCACCACCGCAGCUCUCCUGUCAAAGGGCAUAGAGAAUUGGGGGGAUCACGCUGCAACUGCAAGUGCAUGCAUGGUGGGUGGUGGUAUGAAGGAGGAGGGCUCAGCCAUGCCUCAACCUCCAUACAACUUCUAUGGGAGCCACAGCCACCUCGCUGGUGGUGACCAUGAGAUGCCAGCGCCAGGAGGGGCCAGCAAGUCUCAGCUAAGCCAGAUGCUCCUGGCCUCGUCUCCUAGGUCUUGCAUCACCACCAGCCUCGGCAGCAACAUCCUCGACUUCUCAAACAGCGCGCCAACGCCGGAGCUAAAGAACCACCAUCAUAACUCUGAUAACUCAUCUGAGUGCAACAGCACUGAAACAGGUUCAGCCAACAAGAAGCCUAGGGUUCAGGCCUCCUCUUCAGCACAAUCUACUCUAAAGGUGAGGAAGGAGAGAUUGGGUGAUAGAAUAACUGCUCUUCACCAGAUUGUUUCCCCGUUUGGCAAGACUGACACGGCGUCUGUACUCCAAGAGACCAUUGGCUAUAUCAGAUUCCUCCUGGGUCAAAUUGAGGCUCUCAGCUACCCCUACAUGGGCCACGGCAAUGGGACCUCCAUUCAAAAUGGACCAAUUGGAGAAAGGAACCCUGCAGGGCUCUUCCCAGAAUACCCCGGCCAGUUGCUAAACCAUAAUAACAACACUGGAGCACAGCAGCCUGCAGUCCAGCCUGAUGAGCAGCAGGGUGUGAAUGACGAGACGAAGAAGGACUUGAGGAGCCGGGGGCUGUGCCUCGUCCCGGUGUCAUGUACAUCGCACUUUGGAGGGGACAACGCCGCAGACUACUGGGCCCCGGCGCCGCUCGCAUAUCCUGUGGAGUGCUCAUGUGAUGCAAGGGUUGACAGGUUUAACACCUCGAAGGCCCUAUUUGGUAGCAAGCUUGCUGAAGGCGCUCCGAUCGGCCCUCAUGUAAUCAAAAUGAUUGGUUACAUUGAGAGCUUGCAGAGACUGGGUUUUCCCCUUGAUGAUGAUCUCGCCAUCGAUGUGAUACUGCAGUCUCUGCCAGAUAGAUUUGAGCCAUUUAUUAUGAACAAUCACAUGAUUGGCUUGAAGAAGACGCUGACCGAGUUGCAUGGGAUGCUGAAGAUGGUAGAGAUGAGCCUUAGGAAGCCUCCUGGUCAUGUGAUGACAGUCCAGAAGGGACAAUGGUCGUGGAAUUGCAAAAAGUACCUAAAAGAGAAGAAAAAGAAUGGAGGUGCGACCUCCACUCAAGAGGAUGAUGGUUUUGAAUUUGUAAUAAAGAACAAGUGUUGUUCUAUUUUUAUGAAUGGCAUGUACUAUGGGAGAUGUCCCGUUGUAAACAGGCUUUAUGUUCUUAAUCUUGAGGAAACUGAAAUCAAUAAUGUUAAUGCUAAGAGAGUUUGCAAACAUGAUUCUAAUCCUACUUGUGGCAUUGUUGCUUAG